UCAUUACUUCGUUCGCGCAUUGUGAAGUGUGGUUUAGUUUUUGGGGAAAGAUAAUCCUUGGAGAGUGCUUGUGCAUGUGUGCGCAAACGUGUGCUGAAUGCACUGUAACACAAAAUUGUACAUCGUAGAAAGAGCGGGAUUACGAAAGGCAGCGAUCAUUUUAUUACUAUACCACAGGCAAAACCGUGACAAUCAUUACAACCACAGAAGUUAGCAAUUUUGUAUUCACCUAACAACCCAACUCAUACAUACAUCAGUAAUCUCUUUUGAGGUUGCAAGUAAAGGCCCUGUGGAUUUAUAUAAUUUUGCAUCCUGUUCGUGAAAUUGGCUUCACCGGUUAGUCACAAGUUGUAGAGAAUAUCGCGUUUGCCAAAAUCUCCCAAAGCCACAUUUUACUCAGCAUGGAUGCGAUAGAGGAACGCAAGGUGUACCGCCUGGUGCUGACGGGAGGUCCAUGUGGAGGGAAAACAACCGGUCAGUCCAGAUUGUGUACCUUUUUCGAAAACCUAGGAUGGAAGGUUUUUCGCGUGCCUGAAACGGCUACAAUUCUGCUCAGCGGUGGUAUCAAAUUCGCUGAUUUGGUCGCUGAUGAAGAUCGAAGUAAAAACAAGACACGCGACAGUACAAAGCCUGUCUUUAAAGAAGGUAUUCCGGAGCAUAGUGCUAUUGACAUUAACGAAAUUACAACCUGUCCCCGGUGUAUGGUUGCUGCUGUCGGAAAAGUCGGUGAUGUGUUCAAGUUUCAAGAAAACUUGCUUCGUACCAUGAUACAAAUCGAGAAUACGUACUUCGAACUAGGCAGGACAAGUACCAAAAAUUGUUUGAUCAUCUGCGAUCGUGGUUUCAUGGAUGCCAGCGCCUAUAUAUCGAAGGAAAAAUGGGACCGUAUGAUGCGUUCCAAUCACUGGAAUCCGGUGGAGUUGCGUGACAAUCGAUACAACCAAAUCAUCCAUAUGGUAUCGGCUGCGAACGGUGCGGAAGAGUUUUAUGCCACCGAGGAACACUCAUGCCGGUCGGAAGGCGUGACUUUGGCCCGAGAGCUCGACUACAAAUCUGCUUCGGCAUGGAUUGGCCAUCCGUACUUCGAUGUUAUCGACAAUUCAACAGACUUUGAAAACAAAGUGAAUCGUAUGAUUGAAUGCGUAUGCCAGAAACUAGGUAUCGAUAUCGGCGAUAGGUUGUCGAUCACAUCGAGGAAGGUUAAGUUUUUGGUUUCGGGUCCAAUGCCACCCGAUUCGAGCUUCCCCGCGUAUCAGGACUUCGAGGUGGUACACAAUUACUUACAGUGCGCUGGUCCUCGCGUGCAGGCACGUUUACGCAAACGUGGUCAAAACGACCGUUGGAGUUACAUUCAUACGAUACGCCGGCCCCAACAGCAUGGUCAAUCAAUAGAAGUGCGCACACAGCUAUCCCAUCGCGACUAUUUGAACAUGCUUACCCAGAAGGACGAUGCACAUUUACCCAUCUUUAAGAAACGCCGUUGUUUCCUUGUAAACAACCAGUAUUUCCAGAUGGAUAUCUACAAGGAACCCAGUCAUCCCAGGUGCAAAGGGCUCAUCCUAUUGGAAACGUACACCUCACUGACAGGUGAUAAGUUGAAAAAUAUUCUACCAACAUUUCUAAACAUCGCAAAAGAAGUCACCGGCCAACCGGAUUAUUCCAUGUUCAACUUGUCACUGCGAGAAGACUGGAACAAUACCAAGAAGUUCUGCUAUUCGCUAGAUGAUCUAGAUGAUGGCGAUGUUAAAACGAAUGGUCAUUCGAAAAAAAUUAUCAAUGGUACAGCGUAGUUGAAGCGGGUUUUCCUUCAAAGGUGGUGUUCGGUUUUCAAAUUGGCGUGAACGACAGUCCGAGAACGGUUCAACUCAGGAAUGUCCCCGAUCUGCUGAGUAGUGUGUUGUUGUGUGAACUGAGUAAUCUACCGGAAAGGCAAACAUUGCAUUGGCAUAACAGACAAAAGUAACUUGGCAUUGCGUUCGCCAUUGCCAUCAUACUCAAAGCGUUUGUUCCUAAUUUUACUUACUACGAGCGAACAUUUCACUAUUAUUGCGUUAUGAUAUCGGUUUGUUUCGGUCGGAGUAUGUUGUUUACCCCCACGAACAUUUAUAAACGAAAAAGUAUGAUGUUGAAAACAUCGUAUCAUUUCAAUGAGUGCCUUUAUUUGUCCUAUUCUGUGUUGGUUAAUGUUUUUGAAGACUAUUGAUUCUUGGGGGAUUGUACUUAAUUUGUGUUUGAAACACACACAAAAAAUAUACCGGACAGGCUAACUUCAUCCAAAACGAAUAUGAUGUUUUACACUCUAAACUAUUAGUACGUGUAUUGUCUGUGUGUUUUUUUAUGCUUCGACAAUCGAAAUUUUCUAGGUCCCCCCAAUUGAACCUCGCACAGCAUUGGCACGAUUGGUGAAAUUGUCGCCAACGACUUUUGAUUGACAAUUAUUGUUUAAAAAAAAUGCCACCCGACACAUUUCUACCUCCGCCCUGUAAUAGAGACAAUGCUCCGAUUAAUGUUCAACUUAAGGAAAUAACGUUGUCUUUUGUGAUUGUCUCUUUUGUGUAUCUAGGGUUUUUACGGUUUUCUUGUACUUUAAUGUGUACCACAACGAUCUAGUCGUAGUCUACUUUGAAGCCAUGCAAAAAUGCUACCGAAACAUAGUCCUAACGUCCUAACUAGCGAGCGAACGAUAUGGGUCUGAAUUAAGUCAUCCCAACGUGUGCGAACGGUAUCGAACCGAUGGAAGAAGGAUCAUGUGUUUUAGAUUAUGCCUUUUCUAAUAUCUUAGAACAGAAUGAUUGUACUACAGAAAUACUGUUGUAAAUGCCCAAUUCUUUGGAAUUGAACAUAACAGAGUUCAUACCAGUACUUAAUGUGGCUCAUCGAAAAUUAUCAGCUUCCGUUACUUCUCUACACACUUCCUAAAGGUCCUUUAACUCGAAAACUUUUAAUCCGAUAAAAUCUAUCGAUAUCUCAACAAAAAACCUGCACAGACCAUGUUAUUCUGUCGCUAUAGCAUCACGCCACAUAAGGAACAAAUUUAAAAAUUAGUUCUUACGUUGUCAUUUUUAUGUAUAGCUACAACCACGAAACAAGAAAACUUAAUAUUGGCCGACUUAAAUAUAUGGUUAGAAACAAGUAAUUUCUGCAGCAAUAGAAGCAGCACUACUGGUACUUAUUUGAACAGGGGUGCUAAAAAUAUUACCACAGCCUAAGUCGGACGGAAUAGUACAAUAGCAUGAAAGAGCGAAGUCGGACGGACCAUAAACACGAUCAAUAAUGUAGGUAGCGGUCAAAACUUACGACCGAGUUUUUCGUUCUCAGAUCAUCGGGCUGGAAUCUGCAACCAGAGAAGAACUAAUUGGGCAGACGGGGUAAACUUGGCACACUACUUAGCAAAGCGAGUGUUAAUCAGCGGAGAGCGAAAGAAACACUGUUAUUGAUGUAUUUUAUAUUAAAAUGAGGAAAACUUCCGUAAAUCACUAUCUGUUGAAAAGACGCAAAUUAUAUUUCGCCAAGAGAAAAACAGGCGUCACGAAAAGAUCAAUAAAUUGCAUACAAAUCUU